CUUUGGGCGAAGCGAAUUUUACGUCUUGCCGCGGCCCAUGACCGGCGCGUUUUGCGGUGGCGCAGCACGGUCGCGGGGCGCGCCUGGAUGGACGCCGAGCAUGGCCUCGCGCGCCCGGCAAUUCCCAGCUCGUUUGAGGCCUUGUUAGAAGCAGAGCCACAGGUCCUGGAGAGCAAGAGAGUCUUCCAAGGGGAGGUGUUGAGCCGUCGGGUGAAGUCCAAGCACCUGACCUUUUGCACCUUGCAGGUGCAGAGCGAUGAGCAAGAUGAGCACGUUGCACUUUGCUUUGCAGCCGCCCUCGUAGAUGAAUCCCAGGUCCCGUCGCCGACGCGCCGCAACGAUCUGCCCGUUGGCCUUCAGAUCGAGGUCGAGGUCGUCCGGGCGCCUCGCUUCCGCCCGGAGUUCCUGGUGCGCCGCUGGCGACGUGCACCCGACGGGGGUUCCCCCGUUGUGGAGACCGGUGCGCACGGGGUGUCGAUGGCGCGAUGCUUGGCGCUGAAGGACCAGGUGAACCGACGUGCAAAGGCACUUUUGGGAGGCGAUGGUUUGGCGCUCUGCAAACGUUGGUCGGGCUGUGCGGCUGGGAGCUGCAGCGAGGCCUGCGAAUUUCGCCACUACUUCCAGAGCGCCGAGGAGGAAACCAAAGCUCGGCAUGCGCGCUGCGCGCGGGAGCGGUCCCAGCGCUUGCAAGCGCAAGAGCAGGAGGAGUAUGGUGAAGGUCCUCAUGAGAAGGUCGACAAGGCGCGCCGCGCCGCACGCUUUGCGGCCUGGCUGGUGAAGACUUAUGGCCGCGAGGUUCUCAGCAGCGGUCGAGGGGUCUUGGAUGUGGCGGGUGGCCAGGGCGAUUUGUCCUGGCAGCUUAGCGUGGAGUAUGGCAUCCCUUGCACUCUCAUUGACCCCAUGGUGCGCAGAGGUGGUGAGUUGAAGAGCUGGCAGCGGCGUGCCUUGCGUAAGCGAGGCAGAGAGCAAGCCUUCGAGCAUUUACCCGUGACCUUUGAGUUGAACACGUCGUCGCGGUGGACAUGGAGGACCAGGAGAGAUGGUGCUGGGAUGUGAUGCGUGCGACGGUGAGGUCCGAACUGUCCACAUGCAUCCCGAGACGGGCCGCAAGGCGUUGGUUGCGGGAGAGGAUGCAUGUGACUGUGGAGGUUAAUCAAUGCAGUGAGAGGAGGUGGUUGAGAGUAACCGCAGAUCUUUAAGCAAAGAAACUCGGCAGGGGAGUGACCACAACGUCGGUAUGUGUAUGAAACCUGAAAGGUAAAGUGGAAAGGCUUCUGACCACAAAAGCAACCUCUCGAAAUUUAGUUUUGCAAAGUUCCAUCAAAACUCAAGACUCAAAGUGCACAUCUGCCGAUGAAGAACCACUGCAAAGGCCAGAGAUUUCAUUGAGCUCGCAGGAGGUGC